GUGGACUCAACAUCUAAACCCUGAUGUCGAAAAGAAUAAAAAGAAGCCUUGGAGUCAAACGGAAAUCGAUAAACUGAUAGCGGGUCAUGAAAAAAAUGGACCAGACUGGAUUAAGAUCAUCAACGACUUUGAAUUGUCUGGCAGGUCCAGUCUGCAAGUUAGGAAUAAAUUUUACAGCAUGCGAAAAGAAUGGAAACGCAUCAAGGAUCAGAUGUCGAUCGGCCGAUUAUUGAAUACAACCCAAACUUUAAGUUAUAAGUAA